AUAAUGAAUUCAAAGUGUUAAAUAAAUAUAAAAUAUCUAAUAGUCAUAUUAUGUUUCACAGCAAAUGCAAUUGAAAUUAUACUUCUUGUACAGUUAUAUUUUAUUUAAUUGAUAAAUAUAGUAUUCCGGUUCAUAUGAGUAGUUUUACAGCUUGCUAUGAAAAUCAUUUAAAUUGGAAAAUGAUUGUUUCAUGUACUCGUGAUAUUAUUUUAUAUUAUUUAUUAUUUUUUCUUACAGUUUAUGCAACUUAUCAGAGUGUACCUUUGAAAAUAUCUAGGAUUGCUCCUCCAGUGCGAUUUACAACUUCGCCUUAUAUAGAGGAUUUUGCUAAUGGACAACUGUUAACAACUCAAAACAAAGUCGCAUUCUCUGAAGUAUCAUUUGUACUAUAUUAUGCUCCAUGGUGUGCAGAAAGUAAAAUUGUUAGAAAAAUAUAUGAGAAUGUUGCAAACGUUUAUGGAAAUCGUAUAUAUUUUUCAUCAAUAAACUGUUGGCAGCCAGGAGGCGAAUGUCGACAGCAAUAUUCUAAUGUACCGAAUUGGCCUACUAUAAUGUCUUACCGCUCGACGGGAUUCGGAAUACAAUAUAAUGGACAUCUAUCAGAAAAUAGCCUUCUUAACUUUAUAGAUUCUCUUAUGUUUCCUAUGAAGAGAAUUACAACGCUAAACGAUUUGUUAUUAAUGAUGAACCGGCACAAUAUUGUUGUGUUGGCUAUUAUAAAUAUGGAACGAGAUCUAAGACAUUUUAAAGCUUAUUAUCAAGCUUCUUUAAAAUAUUUAGAAGUAGAUCCAUAUCGAGAAGUAAGUUUUGCUGUCUGCACUGGAGAAAGCUCAAAAGCAUUUGGUACCAAGGGCUUGCCAACAAUUCGUAUUCAUUUAUGGAAUGAAACAUUGGAAUACACCGAGCCUAUUUGGAUAGCAAAAGAUAUUGUCAAAUACAUUAAAUCUUCCAGUCAUCAAUUUCAGAAGUGGUUAUCGCCGCAUGGGAAAUCUAACUCAAUAGCCACACAUUUUUCAAAAUCAUCAUUACUUUUAGUAUUUACACCACGAAUAUAUUCUCCAAAUGCUUUUUCAUUUUACAACAUGGUUCGUCAAAUCGGGCAUAUUUACCAUAAUUGCUACAACGAUAGUUGGGUAAAAGAACUUACAGGACAGUAUUUUUCAAAGUUUCAUGAAACGGAUUUAAAAAAUUCACUGAAAUUGCAACAAUUGUGUAAAAAUUUCAAUUACAAUUCCAAUUCCAACUCAAACGAAGCUGAAUAUCCAAACAACUUCCAAAAAUUUCUUGAACGUGAUGAAAGAUCGCCAAAGAGUUUAAUCAUACAAAACAAUUUAUUAAGGUGCAAAACAUUAGAUUAUGAACAAAAUGUUUUAAAUAAUGUUAGAAUUGAAAAUUUCAAAGUAUUGGAUGAAAUUUCUGGUCUAUCAUGUAUGUGUAAUAAAACAUCAUCUACUGUAGUGUUAGAUAGCAUAACAUAUGAAGUAUUUGCACGACAAUUAGGAAUAGAUCUUAAUAAAAAACAAUUUAAAACGGCAGUGGCGAUAUUAGACGAUGAGAAUGAGUCGGUUUUCGUUAUGAAUAAAAGCAUUACAUCAAAUAAUAUAGUAGAUUUUAUAAAAGGGUAUUCUUUUGGAUCAUUGCAAAAAUUUAAAAGAUCAAAAACAGCGCUUCCGACGACAUUUUUUUAUUCAAAAUUUGGCUAUAAUACAACUUUAAAAAUAUCUAUUAAAGAAGUUUCUUCUGACAUACUUUUCAACAAAAUAGUUUUCGAAAAUCGAAAUUCAACUAUGACAACUGUUCUAUUUAUUUAUUCAUCGCAAUGUAAUUUUUGCAAUAUGAUGUCACAUUACUUACUAUCUAUAUCAAGUACUUUAAAAAGUCUUAAAAACGUUGAAUUUUUGCGAAUCGAUGGAGAUCAAAAUGAUUUAAAUGUAAAUUAUGGUCAGGAAGGAUUUCCACUUUUAAUAAUUUAUACUCAAAAUAGUGAAAAAGUGAUAUUUCCAUCAAAAUUGAAAGUAACUAAACAAAAUAUUAUUAGUUUUAUACUGUCAAACCUGCCUAAAUCUUCAAGAAUACAUGGAAUAUCUUUGUUUUGUAAAUCCUUCAGUAGACCAUCUUACUUAGAUCGCUGCUCAAAAGUAUUGAGAUCAGAAGUAAGUGGAGCGAUUGAGAAAACAUUAAAAUUAUGGAGAGAAGAUGUUGCAUCCAGGUCUUACAUGUAUAAAGCAAUAUUAGCACUACAAAAAUUAUAUAUUCAGUUAAUAAAUGUAAAAUCAGAAGAAUUUAUAUACAUUGAGGACAAAAUUAAAUUUGUUAGCGCAUUAUGGUACAAAGUAAAAAUAUUUUAGAAAUAUAAAUAAAAAUUAUUUCUUAAGAGUAAACUCUAAUUUUUUUAAUUAAAUCAAAAAUAUUUAAAUUUGUUGUAAAUUGUUUAUACAAAAACAUAA